AUGAUCGCCAUAGGACUGGAAGGCAGUGCGAAUAAGCUCGGUGUUGGCAUCAUAUCACAUCCAUCGCCAGGAAAAGCCGCAAUAAUUCUCUCCAAUAUCCGCCACACUUUUGUUUCCCCACCUGGAGAAGGGUUCCUUCCAAAGGACACAGCCAAACAUCACCGAUCAUGGGUCAUCAAGCUGGUUAAGCAGGCUAUGGCUCAGGCCAAAGUCACAAUCAAAGAUGUUGAUUGUAUUUGUUAUACCAAAGGACCUGGAAUGGGUGCACCUUUACAAAGUGUUGCUGUUGCAGCAAGGAUGCUGUCACUGCUAUGGCAAAAAGAACUAGUAGGGGUUAAUCACUGUGUUGGACACAUUGAAAUGGGCAGGGAAAUCACAGGCGCACAGAACCCAGUUGUGCUAUAUGUGAGUGGAGGCAAUACACAGGUCAUUGCCUAUGCCGAGCAGCGAUACCGAAUUUUUGGAGAAGCGUUGGAUAUUGCGGUGGGAAACUGUCUGGACAGAUUUGCGCGAACUCUAGAAAUUAGCAACGAUCCUGCACCGGGAUACAACAUCGAGCAGCUUGCGAAAAAGGGAAAGGUGCUCUUGGAUCUACCAUAUGCUGUCAAGGGAAUGGAUUGCUCCUUUUCUGGAAUCUUAGCAAGUAUUGAUAUUCUGGCCGCAGAGCUCAAAGCCAAUCCCGAACAGCGAGAUCCGAUCACAGGAGAAAUUGUGACCACAGCAGAUUUAUGUUUCAGCCUACAGGAGACAGUCUAUGCCAUGUUAGUCGAAAUUACUGAAAGAGCUAUGGCACAUGUUGGAAGUCGUCAGGUCUUGAUUGUCGGUGGUGUGGGCUGCAAUGAGAGACUUCAGGAGAUGAUGGGACUAAUGGCAAAGGAUCGAGGAGGAAGUGUGUUUGCUACCGACGAACGAUUCUGCAUUGACAACGGAAUUAUGAUUGCGCAUGCGGGACUGUUGGCCUACAAGACCGGAUUUCGAACGCCACUGGAGGAAAGCACAUGCACGCAACGGUUUAGGACUGACGAGGUAUUCGUAAAAUGGAGAGAUUGA